AUAGGUGCUGCAAUUUCAAGAGGUGCUUCAAACAUCACAAAAACUCUACAAGACAUUUCUAAUGAACUGCACGAAAAUACCGUUCAACCACUGAACCGUUUAGAAUGGUAUCUAAAGGAGUUCACACCCUUUAGAUACUACAUAGGUCUUGGUGCUAGUGCCAUUCUCCUGUUGGUCACUCUCUUCGUCGCUCUUGGUCUUAUCUGCGGCAUUUGCGGCAAGCGGCCGGAUGCCUACAGCGACGAUUGUUGUAACAAGGGUGCAGGCAGCAGAUUUUUGAUGACGGCUGUUGGAAUAAUGUUCCUGUUCUCCCUUGUACUAGCGGUUAUCACAAUAAUCUACUUCCUAACCGGGAUAUUAGCCCAACGGAUGGUUUGUGACUCUCUUCGUCAACCAAGGGAGAGCAAAGUGAUCUCGCUUUUGGACGACUUUCUUCAAAAUCGUUUCGAGUCGUCCAAUUUGAAAAUUAAUCUCGCUAAUAUUAUAGAAUCUUGUCAUAAGAAUGACACCGUCUACAACGUGUUAGGGCUUAAGUCAGUUUUUAACGUAGACGAUGUCACUAAUUAUCUUGACAAGUUCAAUAUAAACGAAACUUUGUCGGAACUGACUUCAAGAAUCCAAGCUAAUACGUCAGUUACAAUUUUUGAUGAAGCUGCUCAAAAGCAACUAACGGAAUUGGUGGAAUCAGGAAUAGCCGAUAUUGGAUACGACAAGUUUAUUGAAGAGUUGAAAUUGUCUCAAAAUUUAACGUCUAUAAGUCUAAACUUCCUGAUUGAAAAAUUAGAAGAAGUGAUAAAAGCAGUGGAAGAUAAACUGGACUACUCUCACGAUGUUGCCACAUCUCUUCGACUUAGCACCUUCCACCUUUACACUUACCAAACGAUGCUCGUGGAACCGAUGACUGCCAAAUCCAAACAGAUGAUGUCUGUUGCUGAGAAUUUAAAGGAGAGCCUUAAAUUCGGUAAAAGCAGCUUUGAGGAGGCCAUACAAGACUUGAUAACUGAAUUGGUAGAAGCUCAAAGUUAUUUACAAACAGAAGGACCCACCACCCUCCAUGAGAUUGCCGUGAACUUCAUAACGAGUAUCGAAAAACAAGUGAGAUCCUAUUUGAAUCGUGUUGUGACCAACACCCAGGAUACGGUGGGUGACUGUUACCCGGCCAGUUUAGUAUUGAAUUCCACCCUGGUUGCCACGUGUGAUAAAAUCCUUUUGCCUUUGAACGGUCACUGGUUCAGCAUACUCUGGAGUCUCAUAAUAUUUAUUCCAACAAUAAUUCUCUCCAUCAAAUUGGCAACCCUUUAUCAAAAGUACGAGCCGUAUCCGGGGGCUUUAGUCGAAUCCGAAUAUCUGCACGAUGUGUACACGGACAGAGACAACAUUCCACUUCACAGCCCAAGCGGAAAAUAUGCCAAGAAAAAACAGAAAAAGAAAAGUAAACGUUUAGACGGCAGAGGGACGUAUGUUGCAGAGGGUACUGAAAGGGCUGCCCCCGUUGCUAGCGGCUCUGCAUAUCCCGAAGCUCGAUACGCUGAUAUGGCCCCAAAACACUGGGAAGAUUUUCCCAAUGGAGGACCACCUCAGUACCAAAGAGCCCCGACCGAAUACGAAAGACCACCCCCGUACUACUUUCCGGGAACGGAUCAACAACAGUAAAUCAAUAAUAUUGAAUUAAAGGAUCGAAUAAGGGUUUCGAAAUGAAAAGACUACCUAGACUGACAUUGAUUUAAUUAUAUAUUAUACAUAUAUGUAGUUUUUCGUCGAAGUUUUGUAGUUCGGUAGUUUUAUUUAUUAAUUCAUUCUAAGUAAUAUUAUAAACAUUGAUUAAUAUUAGUCACGUUUGACAAUGAUAAAGGAGGAAAAAAAUUAUUGUUAUCCAUUACUUUGUAAAUAGCGGUAAUAAUAUGUUGAGUUGCCAUAACGAUCGAAUGGCACAUAAAUGAAAUUAUUGAAUUAUCUAUUGUGAUAUACUUGUAUUUUAAGGUUUGUAUUCGCUUUAGUCAAAUAAUUAAUUAAUUAAUGAAUCGAUCGAUGAAACGUCUUCAUGUUGCCGUAUUCGCAAGAAACGUAUUUGCUCAAGGUAAGUUGUUUUUUUAUGUAGGAGACUACGCGGAAAUGUUAGAACCAAAGCAUUUGUAGUACCUAUAGUAAGUACAUACAUUUAUACCUCGAAACACCUUUUAAAAACAUUUUUAGUGUCUAGUGUUGCCAUUCUAUGUCAUCUGUUUAUACAUUUCAAACAUACACUCUAUUGCUCACGAUCAUUGUUAUCGAUUAUCUAUCGUUCAUCUGUUUCAAACGUAGAAAUGACGUGUGGCACAGUAUUUUUUCAAAUUCCUGUUUGGCUUCUGAUGAAUUUAACUGAGAUUAAACUAAAAUAACGUUUUAUUUCUUUUACUAGUGAUGAAUUCACUUUUUUUUUGUAAUUACUAGGAAUAUGCAAAGGGGAAGUAAUAAGGUAAUAUAUUUUGUCAUAAAAAGCCAUCACUAUUUUCACAUACAUAUACACAUGCUUAUUAUCGUAGUGCAAAAGAAAUAAUCGUAAUUGUACACCUCUCCAUGUUAUUUUUGUCGUACUUUCGGAAUUAUCACAUAAUGUAAUUGUCCUAAACCAAUUUAUUAUAAAUAAUGUAUUAUUCGUCCAUUUCCGCAUCGAUUUAAUCAAAAAAUCUUUAUAAUUAUUAUUGGAAAAAACAAAAGCGGAACGUAUGAGAUUUUAUUAUUACUAUACUAAUUGAUAAACAAUAAAUAAUU